AUGGAUGCUGAAUAUGUCUUAUGCAAUUGGAAAGACCAGUUAUGGCCAGCAAAAGUUUUGUCCAGAUGUGAGACUUCAUCAAACAGUAAGAGAAAGAAGACAUUUUCCCUAGAAGUUCAAAUACUCUCACUAGAUGAAAAAAUUAAAGUGGAAAGCAAGGAAACCAAAAUCCUAAAUAAAUCUCAAAUUGAAGCCAUUGCCUCCUCAAUAGCAGCACAGUCAGAGGGCAGUUCUUCACCUAGAGAGGAAACAGCUUAUGCAAGAUCACUAAAAAUGGCACUGGGUAUUCUGAAUAAGAGAACAAAUUUGAAUCAAACAAGCAGUUCAGAUGAAGAAGAGACCACUACACUAUCUCAAAAUAUACCACAAAAGCUUUCUAAUUCACCCCCUCGCAAAAAGUAUCGGAAGCCUAAAGGAAACUUAUCAAAGUGUCUUGAAGAAAGUGAAAUUCCAACAUUUCUAUUAGUAUCUUCAGAGAGUGAUGAUUCCCUGUAUGAUGAUAAAUCACAAGUGCAUGCAACCAUUGAUACUAUUCCAAGUGAGAUGGAAACAAAAUCAUCACAAAACUCCAGCUGGUGCCAAAUUUUCUCUUCACUUUCAGAAGAUGAUGAAAAGGAGAGCAAGAAAAAGAUUGACAUCCCAACAAUUAUGCCUUUGGAUUCUACAAUCAAAGAGGAAGAUGCUUAUGUUAAAGAAGAGAAGUUCAAUCCAACUUCAUCACCAAAUAUCUACAUUGUGCCAAAAAAUUUGAAAGAGGAGCCAGAAGAUAUCUACCCAAAGACCCUGGCCAUUUCCUCUGAAUGCUCUACCUUAUUAGAGAAUAUUGAGGAUCCUGGAGAGGGUCCCUCAAAUUCAUGCUUAGAUACCAGCCAGAAUCAACCUGUGGAAUCAGAGUCAGGUGCUCUGGCAUCCCCCAGUCAUUGUUCAUGGGAAUAUCAGGUUUCAUUUAGUGCCUCUAACCGUGUCAUGGAUUGUUCACUCCAUAAUGAAAGAAGUGACCAGAAUCCAGAUUUUGAGGAAUAUGGAGAAGAACUCCAAGCUUCUGAUAAAUCAGUGCCUCUAAAUCCUAUUGAUCCUUCUGUACUAGAUGAUGAUGAGGAAGACGAAGUACUUCCACCCGUUGUUUUUCAUUAUGAGCCACGUUCAUUUGAAGCAGGAAUGAUAGUCUGGUUUAAAUAUAAAAAAUAUCCAUUUUGGCCAGCCAUAGUGAAAAGCAUCAGACGAAAAGAGAAAAAAGCAAGUGUGGUUUUUGUUGAGGCAAACAUGAAUCCUGUAAAGAGAGGCAUUAGAGUGCUUUUGAGAAGUUUAAAAAAAUUUGAUUGUAAAGAGAAACAAGCACUAGUGGAUAAAGCCAGGGAGGAUUACAGUGAAAGUAUUGACUGGUGCAUCUCACUGAUUUGUGACUACAGAGUUAGACUAGGUUGUGGUUCCUUUACAGGCUCUUUUCUUGAGUAUUAUGCUGCUGACAUUAGUUAUCCAAUCAGGAAAGUAAUCAAACAAGAUACCUUUAGGAACCUAUUUCCAAAGCUACAUAAUGAAGAUUCUAAGGAAACAAUGGCCAUGGCUUCCCAGACCAAGAGAAUGUCCUUCAAAAAAAUUCUUCCUGACCGAAUGAAGUCGGCUCGGGACCGAGCCAACAGGAAUCUAGUGGACUUCAUUGUGAAUGCAAAAGGAACAGAAAACCAUCUUCUGUCCAUUUUAAAUGGCACAAAAGCAUCCAGGUGGCUGAAAUCAUUUUUGAAAGCAAAGAGGUUCACUCCUUGUAUUGAAACAUACUUUGAAGAUGAAGAUCAGUUGGAUGAGGUGGUAAAAUAUUUACAAGAAAUCUACAAAAAAAUAGACGAACGAAUGCUAGCUCGAAUAAGAGAUGAUAAAAUUAAAUUUAUCCUAGAAGUUCUUCUACCAGAAGCAAUCAUUUGUUCAAUUUCUGCAGUUGAUGGAUUAGAUUACAAUGAAGCUGAAGCAAAGUAUCUAAAAGGGCCAUCUCUAGGAUACAGGGAAAGAGAGUUAUUUGAUGCAAAAAUCCUAUUUGAAAAGAGACGGAAGCCAUCAACAAAAGCUCACUAA